CUGCAAUCUGUGAUGGCUCCGAUAUUGCGAGCGUUGCGUCCGAUAUUGCGUAGGUCACAUCGAUUGUUACUUUCGAGUAGGCCUGCUAUAAUUUUGGGAAUAGAAUCUAGCUGUGAUGAUACAGCUUGCGGAAUUGUUGAUACUAAUGGAACAAUUUUAGGUGAAGCAAUUAGUUCUCAAUAUUUGACCCAUUUGAAUUUUGGAGGAAUAAUUCCAUCAUUCGCAAGGAUAUUACACAGAAAUAAUAUUACAAAAACUUGCGAAAAUGCUUUGAAAGCUGCAAAUCUAAAGUUAAAAGAUAUUGAUGCAAUAGCUACAACUAUAAAACCUGGCCUUCCUCUGUCACUUAAAGUUGGAGCACAAUUUGGAAAAUAUCUAGCAAAAAUUGGGGAGAAACCUUUUAUACCAAUACAUCAUAUGGAAGCUCAUGCUUUAACAGCAAGAAUGAGUGAAAAGAUUGAUUAUCCAUAUCUUGUUUUAUUGGUUUCUGGAGCCCACUGUUUACUAGCAAUUGUUAAAAAUGUAAAUAAAUUUUAUCUAUUGGGUACUUCUAUUAAUAAUGCACCUGGGGAAAUGUUUGAUAAAAUUGCACGAAAGCUCAAGUUAAGAAAUAUUCCAGAAUUUAGUACGUUAAAUGGAGGUUUAGCUAUAGAAACUGCAGCAAGUAAAGCAUCAAACGUAGACCAAUUUUUAUUUCCACCUAUACUGACAAAAUAUUAUGAUUGUAACUUUAGUUUUGCUGCACUCUUUUCUGUUUGUAACAUGUAUGUUGAAUUAGAAGAAAAGAAACAUAACAUAAUUGGUGAUGCAGUGAUUCCUGAUGCAUAUAAUUUAUGUGCAGCAUUUCAAUUGGCUACAGUGAAACAUAUCUGUCAAAGAACUCAAAGAGCAAUGGAAUUUAUUAAUAAAAUAUCAUUAUUUCCUGAAAAUAAACGAACACUGGUUGUAUCAGGCGGAGUAGCAUGUAAUAAUUUUUUAGCGAAAGCAUUAAAUAUCGUGUGCACAGAAUUAGGAUACAACUUCGUAAGAACUCCACCUAAAUUGUGCACUGAUAAUGGAAUAAUGAUAGCAUGGAAUGGAGUAGAGAAAUGGAUUGGAGACAUUGAUGUUAUCAAAGACUCAAAUGAAAUUGAAAAGAUCGAAAUAGAAAAUACGGCUCCGCUUGGAGAAAAUUGGAUAAAAAAAGUAAAAGAAGCAAACUUAAAAUGUAAAUGGGUAAAAAUAAAUAAAAUGCUCUAUCCAAACAAUUUAAAAUAA